CGGUCGGCGAGGCCAUGGGCCAUGGCAAGAUGAUAAUGUCGGUGCUAGGCCUGUCUCGCGAACACACCGAGCACUGUUGCCCCUUGUCCUUGUCUGUCCAUCUGCUUGACUUGUAGACGUGCGGCUUCCAUCCACGCAUCCUACGCACAGCGCCGUCAGGCCUCCCUUGUAUCGCUCUCUCGCUUGGAAGCUGGGCCAGGAACCAGGAUAGCCAGGAUACACCCGGAUAGCCUACACCCAGAUCCACGCGUGUCCCACGUUGCGCACUUUGCGGACGGCCGUUGUGCCUAUACCCAACGUCUCCCGCCUCGUCGCGUCUCCGGUGCACUCUGUACGCUUCAGGCAUUUGCUGUGCCACGUCGAUAUUUCCCUGCUCUCGCUCGCCAGCGACCAUGAGCUGCCAUGGACACAGGGCCCCCUCUGCACGUAGAGCCUGAGUCCAAUGUCGCCGACACGACUGCGCAUACAGACACCAACGACCCCCUCGUCCAUCGUCUUCCAUUAUCACCGCCGCUCGAACCACCGACCAUUUUGCGCCGCAAGGUUCGCAAAAAGUCAAUCCGCAACACAAAAGACAGUGCCGAAAUGGCCCGCCAUAGAUACCACCGCGAGAAGAACGAUCAGAAUCAACAACAACAAUCGCAAUCAUUACCGCAUCUUCAGCAUGCCAACAAGGUGGUAGAUCGACACUUCAGCGUCGCAAAUGUCGGCUCCAAUGGCACCAUGUACUUGAGGUGGGAACACCCUCAUCCGGCCACAGCUGAGGACCACAAGCUUAUGCUGCCUAGACCGGUCGCUCGUCCUUAUCCUAGAGCCUUUCGUCCUCCUCCUACUCCUCCAGACACCUCGGACCCUCAACAGCAGACCCCCUCGGCCUUCUACUGGCACGACGGACUACAUCAGAGUGCCGCUCAACUGUCAAUUCGCAAUCCAGAAGAUGCAUAUACCGUACCCCGCCGGAGAUCGUCGUUUGACAGCGGCUUCAGCCAAAAGAGUAGACAUGAAACAGAUAGGGCCGUCCGUCUCCGCUCACCGAGUCUCGACUCGAUUCCCAAACAACAACAACAAAAGCCGCAUGCUCCACCGCCCGACGCGACAGACUCUCUGUUUGCUCCCCUGCUCGAGGUCCCUAUACCAAACUUUCGCCUCGGAUCGCCGAGAUUCAGUGAUCGAGGCACCGCCUUCCUCCACAACUCGUACCAUACUGCCUUUUCUAGCACCACUGACCUGCGCCAACUCUCGACCGACCGCUUAGAUCGUCUCAUGCCACCUCCUUCUCAGGGUCAUCAAAACUCUAUAGAUUUGCGCAGGUCCCCAAGCGUCUCCUGGUUCUCUCCCUCAGUAUCACCAGCCGUUGAGACUCAUGGUGGUCGUCCAUUUCCUUCUCCGCUUGCUGCUCCCCCUCUUGGACUGGACCGAGACGAGAUACCUCACACUAUCUACGACAAAGUGGCUGCAGAUCCGGACAAUAAGCAAUAUGUCAGAUAUGCAGACGGCACCGACGAGAUUGUUGCUGCAACCCCCACUCGCUUGAUCGCCGAAAUCACAUCUGUCAAGUUUCUAGAUUACGAUCUUUUGUCGGAUUUCUUUCUUACGUAUAGAGCGUUUCUUUCGCCCUCUGACUUGGCCAGAUAUCUUGUUGCCAGAUUACGCUGGGCCGUAUCGCAGACUCACGAAUCCGGACGCGUGGUACGUGUCCGAACUUUCGUCGCGCUGCGCCAUUGGAUCUUGAACUACUUCACCCAAGAUUUCGAGCCUGAUCACGAGCUCCGGACUCUUUUCUGCAACCUCGUCAACAAACUCGCUCUUCAUCUAGGAAAUAGGCCUCAGGGCGGUGCUGGUGAUCUUCAGGUUCUAACUGAGCUACAGAAAUGCUGGAAUCGGACAUGCGCCCUAGUUUGGGGACCAACUGCUGCACCUCAGGCAUAUAUGCCACUCGGACUCGAGGGCGACAACGAUUCGCAGCUUCCCGACUCAACUCGCAUGAGGACGUUGACGAACGAAUCGCAUAUGCGAAACUCUUCCUACAUGGGGAACAAUGUGUCCACAGUAGCUCUUAGAAGACCCGACACUGGAUCGCGCCUUAGUGAGGCUAGUAUUCAGGUUACAUCCUGCUCUUUUCCCCGACUGAAGCGGUCGAGACACGAUCUGAAGGGCCAACCAGAGAAAGCAAGCAGCCGCUCGCCUCCGAGGCCCAGAGGAUUCCAUCGCCACAAAAGAAGUGAUAGCUUUUCAGAUGCACUCCGAGAUUCUCGAAUCGAUCGGCCAGCUUCGUCGCACCCCGCCACAGAGGUUCAAGUCCGCCCUGGCAGGAUCAUAAGAGGUCUCGUCAUACAUCCAAGUUCGGCGAACGUUGCUGGUCCCAGUCCACCUAGUCCGCCAUUCCUGGUCAGACCUGAAGACGCCAGACCGAGUAUGUCAGAGACUCUUUUACGCGCGCCCGACAACGCCACUCAGCACGCUCGUUUGAACAUUUUUGGUAGUAUGCGCCGAGCGCUUAGCACACGGAAUGCCGGCAAAUCACCAUUUCAUCACAGGCCCAAAACUGCUAGCUCUGGUGAUUUGCGCAAGAUGGGUAGCACAGAGCCACAGCCACGAGACAUGAUUAGGCAGAUACAAGCUCGAAAAGCACAGAAUGUCCACACAGAUGCUUUGGCUGCAAUGGUCAUGCGCUCCUGGGAGCAGCAAGGCAACGAGGCCAUGCAUGAGUUGACCGAGUUCAGCCCCAUUCUCGGCGUACCCAUCACUCGCAACAGGUCCAAGACGAUACAUACCGAUCUCCCCACACGUCCUGGAGCCGCUCGUCUCCUCAGUAACGUGACUACCAGCAGUCGGUCGAUCAUGAUCAUUGACGAUACCGGAAUCGACGAAUCUCAGCGCACUCCAGAUCUCGAGCACACAAUCGCUGGCAUCGAACAAUCUCGUGACAAUUAUGAUCUGUCCAGACAAACAACUCAGGAACACAAUCAAGCGGCAAUUCAAGACGUGGCUGUCAACAAUACAGCCUUCUUACUGCCCUAUGACAUGGUAAACUUCAACCAAGCCUCUUGGGCAAGCCCAACCAAGACUGCGACUUUGUCAACUUCGCCCACGACUUUGUCUAUCAUGUCGUCUCCACAUUCGCCGCCACCGUCAAUGCCGCUCCCACCUCUUCCGAACGCUUUUGCGCCCCUAGCAGAGCCCGCCUCACCGGUUGGUGAUUGCAAACCAAGCCCCGAUACUGAAAUCACUACCUCCUUCGGAACUGGUCAGUUGUACUCACCAGAAGAUUCUGUCGCUGGUAGUCCUGCGCUUAGCUUUCGAAAGUCGUCGUUGGUAGAUCCUACUGAUUUGCCUGGGCCUUCGAGACAGCUGCGUCGCAAGCCGGGUGGCAACCUUCGGGGAGUUGAUACUGUUCAUGACCUUGGAAUUAUCCACAGACGACAAUCAACGGGUUCUGUUACAUCACCGGUGUCCAUCUACGGAUCACCAAUUUUGACAGUCACAUCCGGAGAUGGAGAUGAUGUACAGAUUGAUUCUCGAAUCGCACGACAACCGCUCAGAGCUCAAGCUAGCGAUGGCGAUUUGUUCAAUGCGGCGAGGAGAAGCUCACUACGCCUGCUGUCUACCCACUCAUCGCUGCGACAUUUGCGCCCGUCGAUGGAAGUGGAGGUAGCCCGACUCCGAGAGAUGCCACAUGUCGAGGAUGAUGGAGGUGUCGAAUCUGCGCUUCUCAAACUUGAGGGGAGGUACAUCCCAAGUCGUUCUUCAGACAAGACAGUCAAGUCCUUUGACUUUGGUCAUGAUGACAACGGCUUCCCAAGUCUGACUCGACAGCGAGUCGCUGGUCAUGAAAGUGAGACACCAAACAAUCGAAGUUCGUUUGCUUCACCCAAGCAAGAAUUGGCCGGAUCGAAUUCUCCCCCUGGAGGCGAAAUCACUCGCUUCUUGCAUAGGAGACAUGGCGCCGUCGAUCGGGCAGCAGUCGAUGAGUCGGCACAGUCCGCAUCCGCAAAGCACGGGGCUAAUAAAUCGUCGAUCGCAACCAAGGAUUUUGCCAAUUCGGACCCUGCUAGGAAAUUCGAGCGACCAGUAACCCCGAUCCAGAUUGAGAUUCAACGACCCGAUUCGCCCAACACCCCCGCAUCGACGUUCUUGCUUGACGAUGGCGAGUCUCUUGUUGACCGCAACUCACUGUAUGCUCGACAACAAGAAUCCAAACCAUCAACCGAUGCUGCACGUAGCUUCUUGUACGAUGAAGAGGACGAAGAUGCGGUGGUUGGUUCUAUCGACCAUUUCCAGCCUCCUCCAGGACAUCAUCCCCUGACUCCACCAACCACUGCAGACAACAUCUCGGAUCAUGGUUUCGAUCAGUUCAAUGCUCAGUUGUUACUUCCUGGGCCCCCGAGCGUAAGACCCAGACAAUCGUUCCGGCUCUCUGAACUAUUGCUCUCUGAUCAGUUCGCGAAGAAAGCAGAACAUUCUGCGCUUCCUCGAGCACGCAAUCUCCCAACGCAUCAUACGCCUUUUAUCUUGGCACAUAGCUCUGAGGCCCUCGCCAUGCAAUUCACCAUGAUAGAGAAGGACGCGCUGGAUUCUGUCGAUUGGAAGGAUCUCAUCAAUCUCAACUGGUCACAAAAGGUUCCAUCAGUGCGAGACUGGGCACAAUAUAUUCACGCAUUCCCCACUAAUGUCACGGAUGUCAGCAGCAUCGAUCUGAUCAUCACACGCUUCAAUCUAGUGAUCAAGUGGUGCAUCUCUUCUGUUCUGUUGUGCGCCACUUCAGAAGAGCGCGCACGCUGCAUCACCAAGUUUGUUCAUAUUGCCACGCAUUCGCAUCGCAGUCUUCGCAAUUUUGCGACCACAGCACAGAUCACCAUUGCUCUACUCUCCUCGGACCUCUCACGCCUUAGCACUACCUGGUCGAAAGUGGCACAGGCCGAGAAGGAUGCACUCAAGAACCUUGAAACGCUGGUUAGUCCUAUGCGCAAUUUUGCUGUGCUCCGUGCCGAGAUGGAAAGCGCAGCAGCUGGCCUCAGUGAUGAUGAUGUAUCUGCUGGUAAAGGAGUCAUCCCUUUUCUCGGUGUUUACACCCGCGAUCUUGCACUCAACGCUCAGAAGCCUGCAUUCAUCUCGCCUGCUGGAAGACCUGCAGACGAGUCGCACGAGAAUCUUGUAAACUUCGAGCGCCACCGCACUACCGCCUCCAUUGUCAAGGGCGUUUUGCGCUUGCUUGACGCCAGCUCCAGAUACGCCAUCAAGUCCGAUGCCGAAGUCCUUGCCAAAUGUCUCUGGUUGGCAGCGCUUGCCGACAACGAGAUUGCUGAUCUCAGCAAAGGACUGGAGAAAUGAUUUACCUCAUGUCAUAUCCACGAUCUUACGGGUUAGAAUUCUAGCUACAUAGCUAUUUGUCCACUUUUUAUUAUAUUUAGCCACUUUACUUUUAGAUACCCAAUACCACAUU